AUGCCACAAGUCAUAUUCAACACAACUUACCACCAAAAAAUAUCUUCCAAACUUGCUUUACUCACAACUACAACAGUACCCACACUUACCUCCUCCCUUACCUCCCUCUCCACCUACACUUCAAAAAAUCUUCCAAAAAAUAUUUCAACAAAUUCUUCCCUUCUACCAAUUGUAAACAAUAUUGGCGGCAUUGCCCUAUUCGCCCUAGUAUUGGCAGCCUUUUUUUGUUUCUGUAUCUGCGUGAUCUGCCUAGGGGGGCUCUGCGCCGAUUCGUCCUCCUCCGCCGCCUCGAAACAAAAAUUGUGUUUUUGCUGUGUUUGUGAGUGCUGUCUAGAGGAGGAACUGGAAGAGGAGGAUAACUACAACAACGACGAAAGCGAUUUUUCGUAUAGGCGUUGGCAGCGUCGGCGAUUACGACAGCAGUCCAGAUCCUCGUCCAAUCUAAUUUAUAACGCGGCCACAGCAGUAAAUAUGCCUUCAAUGUUACUCCUUCAAUUAAUGCUGGCUGAUAGCUUUAAUAAUUUGAAUAAUAAAAAUAAUAAGAAAAAUGUGGCUAGUGAAGGAGGAGAAGAAGGAAGAGUGUCUCUCUACGACCGUAUCAGAACCGAAGCAAUUCGCCCAACAACUAUCAACAGGCACGCAGAACGCUCAUAUAGGGAAGCUUGUAAAGAAUUAGUUUCUUCAAGUCCACAAGGUGCAGAAACUUCAGAAUUGCUUGAAUUAUUAAAUAAUGUACAUUUAAAGGCUAUAUUACAAGCCCAAGAAGUAUCAAUGGAAGAGAUUUAUGCAGCAAUUACCCCAAUUGCUACAACCAGUAGUGGGAGCAGUCAACCAACUUCUCCUGAUGUAGUUGUUAUUAAUUCACCGCAACUCAUUGCUGGGGUUAAUGUAUGUCGAGGGAGAAAAUAUUUUAAAAAAGUUUCCGGAAAAUACAAAAUCUAUUAA